AUGGAUCGAGAUUGGAUUAAUUUACCGCGUAUCAGCGCUGAGUAUGAGAAUGAAGUAGAAGAAUUUACAAAAUUUGCACGACAUUAUGAGGGGAGAAGUGAUGAUGAGGUGAAGUUAAAAUGUCCUUUUGUCAACUACUUUCCAACUGCUUCUCGAACUGAACAUGUUGCCGAUUCCACCAUGAAAGAGCGACGAGAAGAGCGAUGUGAAGAAGACAAUAUGGAGGACAUGAUAUGGGAUGUUGGCACAGAAGCUUUUGCACAAGCGCAUGUGUAUGAGACGAUGUUUGUUGGUGUGGAAACUUCGUUCUUUAGAGGUGAAGAUACCCGUAACGGUUUCACAAAUCAUCUUUUUCCAGCUCUUCAAAGAAAAGGAGUUGUUGCCUUCAGAGAUGACUACACAAUCCAGAAAGGGGAGUUCUUGGAGUCUGAGUUCUUGCACGCAAUUGAAGGAUCACGCGUUUUCAUUGUUGUCUUCUCAAAGGACUAUACAUCAUCCACAUGGUGCAUGAAAGAGCUUACAAAAAUCGUUGGUUGGGUUCAACAAACAGGGCGAAGUUUGCUCCCUAUCUUCUAUGAUGUCGAUCCUUCUGAGGUUCGAAAACAGAGUGGAGAGUUUGAAAAAGUUUUUGCUGAACACGAACAAAGAUUCAAAAAUGACAUUGAAAUGAUAAAAACAUGGAGGGCAGCUCUCAAAACAAGUUGCGAUCGUUGUGGGUGGGAUCUGAAAAAUAAGUAA